CUUCUCUCAUUGCGUUUUCAAUCUCUUUCCCCCCAAGAUAUUUGUCACACAUCAUGAAGCAGGCCCAAGUCACCGCCUGGGGAGAGCCGCCCAAGUAUGUGGAUGUGGCCGACCUAGGCUCUCCCAAACCUGGUGAGGUGCAGCUCCGAGUCCUGGCCUGCAGCAUCCAUCAACUUGUGAGAGGCCGGGCAACCGGCACUCACUAUAGCGCACACACGCUCCCGCACAUUCCCGGCACAGACGGCGUUGGUCAGACUUCUGACGGCAAGCUUGUCUACUUCAGCGCAAUGAGCGAGACGGGAGGCUCGAUGACAGAGAUGAUCAACGUGGCGGUCGAGAGAACAGUCCCGGUUCCAGAUGGAGCGGAUCCAGUACAGGUCGCCGGUCUGGUCAAUCCUGUCAUGGCAAGCUGGCUGGGCCUGUCGGUGCGGACGAGUGGACUGGAAGCGGGCUUCACGGUCGUCGUUCUCGGGGCUACAGGUGUGUCAGGAGCCGCGUCCGUGGGUGUCGCCCGUGCCUUGGGUGCAGGCAAGGUUAUUGGUGCUGCAAGGAGCGCCGCCAAGUUGGCUGGGCUAGGUCUGGACGGUGCAAUCGAGCUGGCAAAUGAUCCGAGCCAGACAGACUGGAGCACUGCGUCGGAUGCGGAUGUCAUCCUAGACUUCCUGUAUGGUCCUGGCACGCUCUCCCUCCUUGCGGCGCUGAAGCCGACCAAACCCGUGCAAUAUGUUCAGAUUGGCACGAUGGCGAAGUCCACCAUGGAUCUGCCUGGGGAUCUGCUCAGGAGCAAGAAUAUCACCUUGCGCGGCACGGGCCCGGGUGCCUGGCAGAUGAAGGACUUCGCAAGAGAAGCCCCAGAUAUGAUCAAGGCCAUCGCUUCAGGAAAGAUUCAGCCCGGCAAGUUCCAGGAGGUCAAGAUGGCAGAUAUCGAGACGGCGUGGAACCAAAAGGGAGGUGAUCGAAUAAUUAUCACUCCCUGAAAGCAUCGACUGGGGAACCCAUUGCCUUUUUGAAAUGUAGACUGCCACACCGAUCACUUUAUAUAGCAGACUCAUAGGAUGCAAAUCUUGAGUGGAUGUGCUUGUCUGAAGGGGCAAGAAGAAAUCAUUUCGGCCUGGUUGGCUCUCGAGUGCUGCAAAAUUUAUCACAUAUCAAUCUUG